CUUGAUAAAUGAGAUCCAAAUUGUGAACGAGCCAGUUGUUUGUGUGAUUCCGUUUGUUUGGCUUCACUGUUCUGGCAGUAGCGAAUUUUGCAAGUUAACAGCAGGAUUGUAAUUCCCACAAUUUUCUUUUUAAGGGAAAUAUGUUCAAAAAUACACUGAAAUGUCUGGUAAAAAUCGACAAAAACGUCCAUAGUAGGCCCAACAGCAAUGUCGCUUUCAUUGGCCUGGGACAAAUGGGCACCAGAAUGGUAAACAAUCUCAUUAAGCACGGAAAACAGCCCAGAGUCUACGAUGUGGUGCCAUCAGCAGUGAGCAGCAUAAAAGGAGCGAUUCCGUGCUCAUCUGCAGAAGAAGCAGUCGAUGGUGCGAACAUCAUUAUCACCAUGUUGCCCAACGGCCAAAUAGUUAAAGACACCGUGAUUGGUGAAAAGGGAAUACUGAAGAAAAUCGGCAAAAAUUCUCUAUUACUAGAUUCGUCAACCACGGGGCCACAGGUGGCCAGAGAGCUUUAUCAAGCGGCAAAAGAAUCCAGCGUUCGUUUUUUAGACGCUCCAGUAUCGGGAGGAGUCGUAGGAGCACAAGCAGGAACGCUGUGCUUUAUGGUAGGAGGCGACGAAGGAGACUGCAAAGAAGUGGAACCAGUGCUGUUGCAUAUGGGAGCGAAGGUUCUAUUUUGCGGCGAUUCUGGCGCUGGCCAAAUAACGAAACUGUGCAACAAUUUGAUUUUGGGUGUUACAAUGAUCGGAACAGCGGAAGCAAUGAAUUUGGGAGUGAAACUAGGAUUAGACCCCAAACUCCUUUCGGACGUCGUAAACAUCUCCACUGGAAGAUCCUGGUCUUCAGACACCUACAAUCCUGUACCUGGAGUAAUGGAAAACGUUCCCUCAGCUAAGAACUACGAUGGGGGAUUUUCAGUGGAACUGAUCGCCAAAGACUUGGGAUUGGCGGGCGAUGCAGCUCUAAGCAUCAGUGCACCUGUUCCCUUGGCUGCGAUGUCCCAUCAACUAUUUCGCACAAUGAUCACUUAUGGGUUGGGCAAAAAGGACUUUUCUGUGAUAUAUAAGUUCCUCGAAGGCAAAGCGGUAGAUAAUUAAACUCGCACUGUAUGUACUCCAAUAGUUGCCCACGAAAAUUAGUUGCCAGCCUUUUGCAAUUGUGCCCACCAACUUUUACUCCAAUAAAAACGUUUUGUACAGUU